UAACCAAAAUCCUUGUCCCAUUAUUGGAUUCCAUUACCACUUUUCUUCUUCUCCUUUCUCCACUUCUACUCAUUCACCACUUCCGCCCACUCUUUCCUUUCCCCUUCUCCAAUCUCCAAUCUCCAAUCUCCCAUGCUUUUCUAUAGAUCGAUCAAAAACACUAUAAUUACCAUUUGAAAUUUCUAAGAAAGAAGCUUAUUAGAAGAAGAAAAAAAGUGUUGAAAAGAAAGGAGAAGAUCGAAAAUGGCAGCUGAGAAAUCAGGUACUUCUACACCUUCUAAAGGUCAAGCAUGGUUUUGCACUACUGGUUUACCAAGUGACAUCAUCGUUGAAGUUGACAACAUGACCUUCCAUCUUCAUAAGUUUCCAUUAAUGUCGAAGAGCAAGAAACUACACGACCUCAUAAGAGAGCAAGAAGAAACCAAAAAUUUACCAACAAACAAAAGAAGACAAGAUACGCAAAACGACGACGUUGAAUCUAAAUCAGAAGAAGACGACGAAGAGGAAGACGAAAACUUACUUGAACAAGUGCAGUGCCACGUGUCACUCUCAGAUUUCCCCGGUGGCUCAGAAAUAUUUGAAACCGCCGCGAAAUUCUGUUACGGCGUUAAAAUCGAUCUCACCGCCGCAAAAGUGGCUCCGCUGCGGUGCGCCGGCGAAGUUCUGGAAAUGACGGAGGAAUACUCAGAAGACAAUCUCAUUUCCAAAACGGAGAGGUAUUUCGCAAACACCGUUCUCAAAAACAUCAAGGAUUCCGUCAAAACGUUGAAAUCAUGCGAGAAGUUACCGCCGUUGUCGGAAAACCUAGGUAUUGUUGACCGAUGCAUCGACGCUAUUUCGUCGAAAGCGUCGCUUUAUGACCCGACAUUGUUCGGUUGGCCAGUAAACGACGUCGUCGAAGAAUCUAGAAAGAAGAAGAAGAAGAAUGCGGCGGCGCCGCCGUCGAAGGUGAGUGACGCUUGGGUUGAAGAUCUUGCUCAACUGAGUUCGCACCUCUUCAACCGAGUUAUAUCAACGAUGAGGAUGAAAGAGGUUAAUCCUGAAGUUAUUGAGAGCUGCUUGAUUCACUACGCUAAGCGGUGUUUUCCGGGAAUAAGCCGCUCGAAUCGUAAACCGACGGCGACAGCGCCGUCGAUGAUGGCGUCGGAAGCGGAACAGAGGCAGUUGUUGGAGACGAUCAUCUCGAACCUUCCGCCGGAAAACCACACUCGAUCACCGCAGGCGGCGGCGACGAGUUUUCUCUUCGGAUUACUGCGAACUGCCAACAUUCUCAACGCUUCGGAAACCUGUAAAUCAGCUCUCGAGAAAAAAAUCGGAGCUCAAUUAAACCAAGCAACACUAGAUGAUUUGUUGAUUCCGAGUUACUCAUAUUUAACUGAAACUUUGUAUGAUGUUGAUUGUAUUGAAAGGAUUUUAAGCCAUUUUUUGGCGAAUCACGAAGAGAGAGAAAUUGAAGGUGAAGGUGAUCAUCAAACCCUAGGUAAUGUCAGAACUCCGGCGAUUAUGCACGUCGGAAAACUCAUUGAUGGCUACUUGUCGGAAAUUGCUUCUGAUGCCAAUUUGAAGCCGGGAAAGUUCAUUCAAUUAGCUCUUUCUCCACCGGAAAAGGCACGAUUGUACGACGAUGGUGUUUAUAGAGCCGUCGAUGUCUAUCUCAAGGCACAUCCAUGGUUAUCCGAAGAGGAAAGAGACAAAGUAAGCGGAGUAAUGGACUGCCAAAAACUAACACUCGAAGCAUGCACACACGCAGCCCAAAACGAACGCCUCCCACUCCGAGCAGUAGUUCAAGUACUCUUCUUCGAGCAGCUCCAACUCCGCCACGCCAUCGCCGGAACCCUCAUCACAGCCGACAUCGCACCGAGCGAGUCCACUCCUCCCUCCCUCCUCGGCCACGACGAGGAGGAAGAGAGAGACAGGGGCGGCGGUGGCGGUAGCGGAGGAGGAGGCGGCGGGACGUGGAAGGAGGCAAUAAAGGAGAACCAAGUGUUGAGGUUAGAUAUGGAUAGUAUGAGAACAAGAGUUUAUGAGUUGGAAAGAGAAUGUUCGAGUAUGAAGAAAGUAAUUGAGAAGUUUGAUAAAGAUAAAGUGAAAGUGGGUGUGGUUAAUUCUCCAAAAAGAUGGAGGAGUACGAUGUCACGUAAGUUUGGGUGUAAGUUUAAGACACAAGUUUGUGAUUCACAUGAGUCAACGGUUGUGGAGACUAGGAAAGGGAGACAUAAUAAUAAUAGUCAAAGAUGAUUGUGAAUGGUAUAAAAAUAGAGGUGGCAAAUUGGUAAUGUGGUAUAUUUCAUUUGUAUGAUUUGUAAUUUUUUGUUUGUUUAUCAAUCUAGAAAGGAGAAUGUUACUACUAGUACUUUAGUAGUAGUAUCAUUUGGCAUGGUGUUUCUCAAAUUUUGUUUAUAGUUCAGAAUUUAUUUAUUUUUAAUUUUUUAGAAGGUAAAA